AUGAAUUCAAAAAGAAGGCAAUUACAACAAUUACAUGCUAAAAUACCUGUUGAAUGUGAUGAUUCUGAAAUUAUGUUGCAAAAUGAAAAUAAAGAUACAAAUCAAACUAAUAAAUCCAAUAAAGUCGGAUUUGACAAGGAAUGUUUUCAACUUGAAGAGAUGAAAAGGAAUGACAAAAUUACAGAUAAAAUUGAACAUUCAAAUGGUGGCGAUGUGAAUAAACGAGGGUUAUUCCAAACAAGUUAUUCCUCCUAUUUUUCCGAUGGUAAAAGACUAAUAGAUUUUGUUUUGGCAUAUGAAGUAAAGGCUAUGGAUGAGUAUGAAAGUAAAGAAGAAUCUUCAGGAGAUGAACAAAUGGAGAAAAGACAAAUUUUUGAGAGUAAUAUGCAAGCACUUGGUUUAGAACUUGAAUAUGUUACUUCGAAGCAAGGAAAUGUUAAAUUUAUACUUGUCCAUGCUCCCUUUCGUGUUUUAAUGAAACAAGCAGAAUUAUUAAUGAUUAGGAUGCCUGUACAUAGAAAUGAUGAAGUUAAUUUAAUGGAUGGUUGUAUAAAUUCAAUUUUAAAAAGAAUUAAAUUUCUUAAUCAUAAAGAAUCGCUUAAAAAUCGAAUAGAAACAGAAGAAUAUUUUUGUCAGCCUUUUGUAGCUCAACAUUUACAUUGUUUUGUAAAUUGGGAAAAUCCCGACAAUUUCUUUUCUCGAGCGGAUCGUGCUCGUAUGGUCUAUGAUUUAUUAAUUAGAACACGUUAUGAUAGAGGGAAUAGAGUAGACAAAAUGCGUUUUGGAAUUGAAAGACUUAUUAGAAAUAAUACUUAUUCUGCUGCUUAUCCACUUCAUGAGGAAUUGGAUACUUCUUCAAAAACCGAUGAUUAUUCAACAUGCCCCAGUGAUCGUCAAUUGUUAUACGAAACAUGGGUUAAACUAAAAAAUCUCGUUAAAUAUCAACCUCUAGAUUUGUAA